GGUGUAUAUGCACACACACACACACGUGUACACACACAGGUGUAUAUACAUACACACACGUGUACACACAGGUGUAUAUACAUACACACACGUGUACACAUAUACACACACAGGUGUAUACGCAGGUGUAUAUGCUAUCACGCACACACCUAUAGCCACACAUACUUACAAAUACACAUUUACAAAUACACAAUCAUUCGCACGUACACACACACAGACAAAGAUCCCUCCCUAUAGCCUCAACAGGCUGUUGGGGCAAGUGUUCUUAGCGAGCGAGCGAGCACGCACACACACACACAGACACUCUUACACACACACGCGCGCGCCUAUAUAUACACACAGUAGACACGCGUGCCAUGUACCACACACACACGUGGUGGUGAGUGCGUGAGCGCGCUAGGGUGCGACUGUCACCGAGCCCCGAGAGCGCCACGUGGGAUGAUCGGCUCGGCCAGGAGACAGCAGCCGGGGUCGCGACCCCUCGAGACGACGACUGCCCCCGCUGCCCAGGGGAUCUGACGGCCUUGGGAGGGGGGAGGGGGGUGGUGGUGGUGGUGGGGGAGUUUCUGCAGCCUCCCUGCGCCACAGCUUCAGCUCAAUUCUCUGCGACUCGCGGGAGGACGCAAGUGGGACACGCCGUGAGAACAAGGCGUGGGGACAAGGCGUGAGACACGCGUGGGGACAAGGCGUGGGGACAAGGCGUGGGGACAAGGCGUGAGACACGCGUGAGAACAAGGCGUGGGGACAAGGCGUGAGACACUCGUGGGGACAAGGCGUGGGGACAAGGCGUGAGACACUCGUGAGACACUCGUGAGACGCGCGUGGGGACAAGGCGUGAGACACGCGUGGGGACAAGGCGUGAGGACAAGGCGUGAGGACACGCGUGGUCGGACGCGGCCAACAGCGGCUGGAAGAGGAGACGCGAGGAGGAGGAGGAGGAGGUUUGGAGAGAGCGCUGGGAGGAAGAGGUGGCACUGGUGAGCUGACACCACCGGGCCGGGGCCAGCCCCGUGAUGGGCCGCUGCGGCCGUCGCUCCUUGACGCUGCUGAGCAGCGGCCUCUCUGUGCUGGGGCUGUGCGCGCUGUGCGUGGCCGUGAGCACUGACUUCUGGCUCUACUCGCACGAGACGCUCUUCUCGCACGGAAACCGCACGCGGUGGCUCCACGUGGCCGUGCACUCGGGGCUCUGGAGGGUCUGCUCGCUCGCAGAAGAGGAUCUGGGCUCGUGCAGCAACGUGCAGUACUUCACGGCGAGCGGCUCGCACAUCGCGUCCGACUCCACAGCCAACGUGCUACGGUUGAUGCGCUCCGCCACGCCGUUCCCCCUCGCUGCGCUGCUCCUCAUGCUCCUCGGCUUCGUCAUCAACAACUUGGGCCACGUGCGGCCCCAGCGGACCGCACUCGCCUUCGUCUCGGGCAUCUUCUUCAUCCUAGCCGGGCUCGCGCUCGUCGUGGGCCUCGUCCUCUACAUCUCGAGCGUCAACGACGAGGUGACCAGCCGCUCGAGCGAGAACUCCACCUCAUUCACCUACUCGUACGGCUGGUCGUUCCACUUCGCCGUGCUCUCAUUCUUCCUUACCGAGGGCGCGGGCGUGGUCUCUGUGUACCUCUUCAUGAAGCGGUACCGCACCGAGGAGGAGUUCCGCCCGCACGCGUCCCUCUACCGCACGCGCCUCAGCAACUGCUCCGACUACUCGGCUCAGUUCCUGCAGACCCCCCUCGACGCCGUGCGACCCCCGUCGCCCGCAUCCCCCCAGGGCCUCGCCACCACCGCCGCCGGCGUCGGCGUCGUCCCGGGCACCAUCGCGACCGCCGCGGGCUCGGCCUCGCCAUGGGGUCGCUCCCGCGGCUCCCCGCCCAGCUGGGGCCCCCCAGAGCCCGACUCACCCGCCGGGGAGCCACCAGGGCGCGUGGGGAGCGCCCUGCCGGCCCAGGGGUUCCGGGCCUCCGGCCGCCGCUUGUCUGACCCCUCGGCCGGGCGCCUCGGGGUUAACUACCUGGCCAUGAUGGCACGGGGCGGCGCGGGAGACGUCGCCUCGUCGCCCUGCUAGAGGAGGACGCACACGGGGACGCGUGCGUGUGUACGCGGGGCAGGCGUAUACAGCCGUACACGCAGCACGGCAUGCACGUGUGUGUGUGUAUAGGGGCACGUGUACACACGUGCAUGGCAUGUACGUGUGUACACGGCACGCACGUGUGUACACGUAUACAUACACACGUGCAUGUCUGGCCAGAUAUGAGCCGUCUCCUGGUCACUGCUUAGCCGAUCCCCCUGCUCCAAACUACACCCCACACCACACAACACUCCACUAUCCACCCACCCCACACUACACCCCACCCCAGACUACACCCCGCACCACACCACACACUCCACUAUCCACCCACCACACUACACCCCACCCCAGACUACACCCCACCUCAGACUACAUGCCACCUCAGACAACACCCCACACCACACCACACACUCCACUAUCCACCCACCACACUACACCCCACCGCACACGACACCACAGUAGGUGGCCAUGAUUAUUUAUUCACCACUGUAUGGUCUAGCCUAGGGGGGGUUCCCCCAGUGGCAGCAAUCUCCGUGCAGCAUGCGGAGACCCUGGACCUGGAAACGGGGAAUUACUAAGGUGGGGGG